GGCAAAGGCGACGUUCAAGAGGGAGGUCUGCGAUGUAGUAGAAAGAAAGCGGCAGAGGGGAAAGAAAGGGGAGGAAGGGGAUAGCCAAGCGCGAUGGCGAGGAGUUAAACUUGGAGGUGGGGGGGCGCCCGGAGUGCUGCGUUCUCUGGUGUUUUUUGAGUUGUAAACUGAUGAGAUCAUAAGUGUUUUUAAGCAAGCAAGCAAGCAAAGAGAGGGAGGGGAAAAACAGCCUUGAGAAAUUUGGCUUUUCGGGGGAAAGCCGGAGACGAGAACCAUGGAGCCCGCGAGCAGAUUGCUCUGGUCUCUGCUGUUACUUUUGCAAGAGACGCUUGUUCAUCCAUAUUCAGCCCCUGCAGACGCCGCCAGUCUCGAGAGCGUGGUGGUGUCCGUGCUGAACGUGACCGCCAAAGCGGGCUCGCAAAUGGUCCUGCCCUGCAAGAGCUACCGGAUGGUGUGGACCCAGGACCGCCUGAAUGACCGCCAGCGUGUGGUCCACUGGGACUUGUUCCGAGGCCACUACGGGGAUCACAGCAGUGAGCGACUCUGUGACAUGUAUUCAGCCGGGGAGCAGCGCGUCUACAGCGGCUACAACAAAGGCCGGAUAUUUAUGCCCGACACGGCAUUUGAGGAUGGCAACUUCUCGCUGGUCAUCAAAGACCUUGCCAGGAGUGACCAAGGCCUUUACUCCUGCAACCUCCACCACCAUUACUGUCACCUCUCUGAGACGGUGAAGAUCCAGCUCAACAUCACCACGAAAGUGAGAGGAGUAAAGAAGUAUUGGGACGGUGAGAAGGCGGUGAUCGUGGCCUUGAAUGGAAGCAGUGUGGAGCUCCCCUGUAUCAACCGGAACCACAUCUGGACGGAUCGGUUCGACGAGGAGGAUCAGCAAGUUGUGCACUGGGACCGGCAGCCGCCAGGCGUGCCUCACGACCGGGCCGAUCGCCUCAUUGACUUGUACGCCUCCGGAGAGAGGCGCUCCUAUGGCCCUCUCUUCAUCCGGCAAAAGAUGGAUAUCUCCGAAAGGGCCUUCAGGCAGGGCGACUUCUCCCUGAAGAUAUCCGGCUUGGAGGCCGCGGACAAGGGUACCUACUCCUGCCAUCUCCACCACCACUACUGUGGCCUUCACGAGCGGCGUAUCUUCCAGGUGUCCGUCGCGGAGCCAGAACCGGAAACAAAGGUGGUGAACGUCACCCGCCACAACGCACCAGCUGCGGAUCCCAACGCGGGCCGCGGACACAACGUAAUCAACGUCAUCAUCCCCGAGAGCCGGGCACAUUUCUUUCAGCAGCUGGGCUACAUCUUGGCGACUCUCUUGCUCUUCAUCCUCCUCCUCAUCCUCGUGGUCCUCGUCACUCGCAAGCGCAGCAGGAGAAGUUUCGAGUACAACAUGAAGAAAUCUGACCAGAAAGACAUGAAUCUCAGGGAGUUUACGGUUGACACGACUGAUCUCUCCAGCUACAGAAGCGAAGACAUUAAGUUGGAUUAUAAGAACAAUAUCCUGAAGGAGAAAGCCGAGCGCAGCAAGCCCUUCCCGGCCAAGAACAUCGACUUAGACAAAGACUUCAGGAAGGAGUACUGUAAGUGAAGGUGAGGACCCAAAGCUCCUGGCUGGACCAGGAGCCCCGAAUUUAAACGAGCAGAAGAAGCUUCACGACCUCAUCUUUCCAGUUACAAAAGAGCUCUCUGUAGACUUUCUCCCUCUCCCGGGGGAGCAGCCAAAGCCACCGAGGAUGCUUCAAGUUACACUCUUCCUCUUUAUUAUCCUAUAAGAGGAUCAUUUAUAAAAGAAGGGGAGAUUUUUUGGGGGGUGGGGUGGGAUUCUUCACUUUUUUUUUCCUUUUCGGAUCCCCCCCCCUUUAUUUCCCUUUUCCUUAACGAUUAUUUUGGUUUAAUUUGUAUCAAUAUUCUGAGGUUUUUGUUGUUUUUUAAAAAACACACCCGCCUUUUUCAAAAUAAGCUGGGGAAAAUAGGCGCUUUGCUUGACGGUCAACGCAAAACGGAUAUUGUGACGGCUCUUAUUGUGCUGACAUU